AUGUUCCGUCAAUUGGCUAAAAGCUUGGUGACCCCUAGAGUCGCUCCAGCUACUCUCAUGAGGGCGUCACUCAGAAACUCCAGUAUCCUCGCUGUUCACAGAGACAUCAAGGAAGACAACCCCAGUAUCCCUUUUGAGUUCAACUCCGAGAACAAGAAGAGAGCAGAAGAAAUCAUCGCCAAAUACCCUCCUCAGUAUAAGAAAGGUGCCGUGAUGCCCUUAUUAGAUUUGGGCCAGAGGCAGUUGGGAUUCACCUCCAUCUCCGUCAUGAACUACGUGGCUAAAAUGUUGGACAUGCCCCCAAUGAGAGUGUAUGAGGUUGCCACUUUCUACACCAUGUACAUGAGACACCCCAUGGGGAAGCACAAUAUUCAGGUUUGCACCACCACUCCGUGCCAGUUAUGUGGGUCUGACGAUAUCAUGAAGGCCAUUAAGGACUACCUCAAAAUCGGGCCGGGCCAGACUACUCCAGACAAGAUGUUUACUUUCCAGGAAGUUGAAUGUUUAGGUGCUUGUGUCAACGCCCCAAUGAUGGCUGUUGAUGAUGACUACCACGAAGACUUGACCCCAGAAAAGACUGUCGCUAUUUUGAAGACAUUACAAGAGGGCAAGCCUUUGGAGAAGAUGGGCCCAGUCUCCGGCAGAAUCUCGUGCGAACCAUUGAGCGGCAGGAAGGUCUUGAACAAUCCCGAGCCAAACGAUGUCCGUAAAUUCACCAGAGCCGAUUUGUAA